CCUACAAUUUAUUUUAUUUCAAUUUGUUAAUUUUAUAAUGAUUAUGGGAUUUUGAUGUGUCUGAAUUUUUUCAUGUUUUAAUGCCGGUCAAAUAAUAAUUAUUGGAAUAGGUAUCCGUGCUUUGAUUUUCCACGACUUUUAUAUAUAAGUCUGCAUGUUGCCAUGGAGUAUUGCCCUCCAAAUGUGACUCUAGCUGAAAUAUGGGUGGACCAUGGGAUAUCACAGUGUUUUAUGGAGACGGUCUCGGCCGUCUUCAUUGGUGGAUUCUUAAUAACCUUUGGGCUUUUUCAAAUUAUAAUGUAUAAAAGGUAUGCAACAGAAGUUACGGAUGUUCGGGCGUCUCGGAUGUUCGCUGUUCAAUUAUGUUUCACGCUAUUUGUACCUGUAUUGGCUGUGAUAAGAUUUAUUUUACAAGCAUUUGUGUUUAAAGCGGGGCAUAUCUAUGGUUAUAUGAUUGUAGCCCUAGUGAUCAACCUAAUAGUAUUUCCAAUGUCGGCCUACCUCGCAAUCUUAGAGAGGCGAUUUCUGCUGCCUUCUGUCCCACCUAGAGGUCACGGAUUUGUGCUAUUGGUCUUUUGGGCGAUGAUAUUCGUGUCAGAAAAUUUAUCAUUCUUGAAUAUUAAUAAAGAAGGAUGGUGGUGGCACCUGAAGGACCUCCAAGAUCGCCUGGAAAUGGCUUUGUUCGUUGGACGGUACGUGUCGUGUAUGAUUAUGUUUGUGUUGGGCAUGAAAGCGCCAGGCAUUAUGCACCAGUUUGAGUAUCUCGAGAGCGACGACCACCGCACCCAUAUCCCUCCCAGGGAUGACAACAGAUCAACAUUUCGCAACGUGUUUAGCAAACUGCGGACACUGUUACCGUUUCUCUGGCCUCGCAAGAGUUUCCUUCUUCAGUUAAAUGUCAUCAUCUGUAUCCUGGCACUAUUGGCGGGACGAGUCGUUAAUCUAUACGUACCUAUUUAUAGUAAAAAAAUAGUGGAUAGUCUGUCUAUACCGCCGCUGUACUUCCGUUGGGACCUGGUAGUCAUCUACGUAUUAUUCAAGUUCCUGCAGGGUGGUGGCACAGGUGGCAUGGGUUUCCUCAACAAUCUGCGAUCAUUCCUAUGGAUCAAAGUACAGCAAUACACGACAAGGGAGUUACAGUUAGAUCUCUUCAAACAUCUCCACGACUUGCCUCUAAAGUGGCACCUGUCUCGUAAGACCGGAGAAGUGCUAAGAGUGAUGGACCGAGGCACAGAUUCCAUAGACAACCUGCUUUCGUAUAUCCUCUUCUCUAUUACACCAACUAUAGUGGAUAUAAUUGUGGCGGUCGUGUAUUUUAUUGCUCAGUUCAAUAUGUGGUUUGGACUAAUAGUUUUCUCUACAAUGGUUUUGUAUAUAAUUGCUACGGUAGUAGUAACGGAAUGGAGAACGAAGUACCAACGCCGUAUGAAUCUUGCUGACAACGAACAGAAGGCGCGUUCUGUCGACUCGUUGCUCAACUACGAAACAGUCAAGUAUUAUGGCGCCGAAGGAUACGAAGUGAUUUCAUAUAGAGAGGCUAUUGUUAAUUUUCAGAAAGAAGAAUUCAGAUCAUUAAUUACACUCAACAUGCUGAACACAAUUCAAAAUAUUGUGAUUUGUAGUGGUUUACUGGCUGGUUCGUUGCUUUGUAUAUCGAUGGUAGUCAAGACGUCACAACUUACCGUCGGUGAUUAUGUGUUGUUCGCUUCCUACAUCGUGCAGUUAUAUGUACCGUUGAAUUGGUUCGGAACAUAUUAUAGGGCUAUCCAAAAAAACUUUGUGGACAUGGAGAAUAUGUUCGACUUAAUGCGCGUUGAUAACGACGUAAAAGACGCAAUAGGUGCACCCGAGUUGCUCGUUCGACGCGGCGGAAUCGAAUUCAAACACGUCUCCUUUGGCUACGGACCUGAGAAAUUAAUACUGAACAACAUCAGUUUCAAAGUCGCACCAGGCAGUACUGUCGCUUUGGUGGGUCCGAGUGGCGCAGGCAAGUCGACGGUGAUGCGGCUACUGUUUCGCUUCUACGACGUGAAUGAAGGUGCGGUACUAGUAGACGGACAGGACGUGCGGACCGUCACUCAGGCAUCAUUGCGCGCCAACAUCGGCGUUGUACCACAGGACACUGUGCUUUUCAAUAACACCGUACGAUAUAAUAUUCAGUACGGGAAAUUGACUGCAGAAUCAGCGGAUAUUAUAUCUGCUGCCAAGAAUGCUGACAUUCACGAUAGAAUACUUACAUUCCCUAAUGCUUAUGACACGCAGGUGGGCGAAAGAGGCCUACGUCUCAGUGGUGGUGAGAAGCAAAGGAUAGCUAUUGCGCGUACAAUCCUCAAGAACCCGGCUAUCGUUCUGCUUGAUGAGGCUACAUCUGCUCUGGACACCAACACGGAGAGAAAUAUACAGGCUGCGCUAGCUCGCGUAUGUGCUAAUAGGACUACGCUAAUAAUAGCACAUAGGUUAUCUACCAUUAUUCACGCUGACGAAAUCCUUGUACUCAAAGAUGGAGAAAUCAUUGAAAGAGGAAAUCAUGAAACUCUGCUUGCCCAAAAUGGUUUUUACGCGGGAAUGUGGCAACAACAAUUGGAGAGCAGAAAUGGUAAUGACAACAACAAUGGUGAAGGAAAUAACAAUAAUAGUGAAACCGCUCCCAGCCAGACUGAAGGAGUUAGCGCUUUUGGCCAUGGACACGGCCAUGGUGCUAUCUAGAUGUAAUACAUUCAUUGGAACUAUGUGAUAAUGCUAGUCGGCAACCGUAGUGCCACUAUCAUGAUUUCAUUAAUGAAAUUGUAGGGUUGACAAUUGUUCAUUGGGCCAAUUGGACAUGGCUGAACUUGACUGCAAACUGACAUGUAAAUAAAUAAAUUCUACCGUUUAUCGGCUCAUAAAACCACUUUGGCCUUGUAAUUAGUGCUGUAAGUGCAUAGUGUAAUCGCGAAUUUCAUCGUAGUGCACACCUCAGAACACAGUCGGUUGUACAUAAUGUAACAUUGUGAUAAUGUAACUAUAUUGUAUGUAGUAAUAUUAAUAUAUUUCGGUGGAAAAUUUUAUGUACUAUUUCAGUGUUAUUAAACUGUUUUUAUUAUGAU